UCUUUAGGAGGCUGACACAAAGUUUGGGGCAAGUUGGGAGUCAGGUGCUCUGUGUGGUUUUGGCCAUACAGGACCAAAACCUGUCAAAUAGGCCUAGAGACUUAUGACAUUUAUUAUUAUCAUUUGUUUAUUUAACGAGCCUUUCCGAGCUUCCACCCUGCACAGCACAUGCGGCAGCAGAGACACCUUAUCUCCACUUUUCUCACCCUUCCUUUCGCGGUGUCGCGUUGCUGCCCCGCAGGGGUCGGGCGGCUCCGGGGCCGGGGCGCGCUGAGGGCGCGGGGCCGCGCUCAGGAGCCCCGAGCCGGGAAGCGCUCCGCGGCGUUCCCGGGGCCGUGUUUACCUUCCGGGGCGCCGGGCGGGUUCCGGGGCGGGCGGUGGCUGCCGGCCCGGCCGUGGCUGUGCGGGAGAGCGGCGGCUCCGGCGGACGGAGCCCCGCGGGCACCAUGAGCGGUUCACAGACCAACGACACUAAAAGACAAUUUCUUCUAGAACGGCUCUUGGAUGCAGUUAAACAGUGUCAAAUACGAUUUGGAGGAAGAAAAGAAAUUGCUUCAGACUCAGAUAGCAGAGUGACCUGUUUGUGUGCUCAGUUUGAAGCUGUGUUCCAGCAUGGCCUGAGGAGGAGCCGGGGAUUGGCACUGACAGCAGCAGCAAUCAAACAGGCAGCAGGUUUCUCCAGCAAAACUGAAACAGAGCCAGUGUUCUGGUAUUAUGUGAAAGAAGUGCUGAACAGACACGAGCUGCAGCGCUUCUACUCUCUGAAGGCCAUCACUACAGACAUCGGCAGAGGCCGGGCUUGGCUGCGCUGUGCUUUGAAUGAGCAUUCCCUGGAAAGAUAUGUUCAUAUGCUGCUUGCAGAUAAGAGCCGCCUCAGUGUCUUCUAUGAAGACUGGUCUUUUAUGAUGGAUGAAGAACGUUCUAGCAUGAUCCCUACGAUGGCAGCUGGUCUGAACUCCAUUCUUUUUGCUAUCAACAUUGAUAACAAGGAUUUAAAUGGGCAGAGCAAAUGCACACCCACUGUGUCAGAUUUGUUGAAGGAAUCCACACAAAAUGUAACUUCCUUAUUGAAGGAGUCCACUCAGGGUGUCAGCAGCCUCCUGCGGGAGAUCACUGCCUCGUCUGCAGUCUCCAUUCUCAUAAAACCUGACCAGGACUCUGACCCCCUGCCUGUUCUGCCCAGGAAUGUAAAUGCUGAUUUGAAAUACAAAAAAGAUCGAAAAAAGAAGAAGAGGGUGACUAAUAUUAUCUCAUUUGAUGAAGAGGAAGAUGAGCAAAACUUGGGGGAUUGUACAAAGACUGUGAUUGCAGGAGAAAGUUCAGAGGAGAGUGUAGACAGAUCUUCAGUUCUUGCAUUGUCUUCAUCUGAAAGCACUCUGGGAAAAAAUCUGAAUGGGAGUGAAAGUAACCAUUCCUGGAAGAACAAUUCAGUAUUCAUGAAUGGAGAGUAUGAAUACCAGAAACUGGAUGUGAAGAGCAUUGAUGAUGAAGAUGCAGAUGAGGAUGAGCUGUAUGGAAAAUCAUUAGGAAAUAAAGGCACAGAAGGUGGAACUGAAGCUUCUGAAAAGCCUCGUGAAAUAGUCACAUGCAAUUCUCAGAUAUGCAGUUGGAGUCCUCUGCAGGUCCUGAAUGAUGACUCAGAUGUUCUAUUUCCUGUCAGUGCUGUUGGCUCUUACUCCCAAACAGAUAACUUGGAGAAUGGAGAGGGGCAUGAACAUGCUGUUCAUCCAGUAGAACUGGUUCCAAGGAGAUCUGAUCUUCCUUACAGAGUGGAAGUCAGUCCUCCAGCUCAAGUGAAUACUUUAAGCAGUAUGUUGCCUUCAGCCACUGUGCCAGAAUCCAUGACAAUUAAUGAACUUCGUCAAGCUAUCGUGGCCAUGAUGAAUAGAAAGGAUGAACUGGAAGAACAGAAUAGGUCCCUGCGAAAUCUGCUGGAUGCAGAGAUGGAGCAUUCUGCAGCACUGAGGCAGGAGAUGGAGAACUGCAGGAGGAAGGUGGCAGAGCAGGAAGAGCGACAUGCCACGAAAGUCCAAGCCUUGGCACGAGAGAAUGAGGUGCUAAAAGUGCAGCUUAAGAAGUAUGUAGGAGCUGUCCAGAUGCUCAGAAGAGAAGGUCAAACAGUGGAAGUUCCGCCAAACAUUUGGAGCACUGAUGGUGAAUUCACAAUUCCAGAGCAAAAGCAAGUAGAAAACAAUGAGGAACUUGCCAGCUCUUAUGAAAGGAAAUUGAUUGAGGUGGCUGAAAUGCAUGGGGAGCUGAUUGAAUUCAAUGAGAGGCUGCACCGUGCUCUGAUGGCCAAGGAAGCUCUGGUGUUCCAGAUGAGACAAGAACUCAUUGAUCUGAGAGGGCCGGUCCCUGGAGAUUUAAGUCAAACAUCUGAAGAUCAGAGUUUAUCAGAUUUUGAAAUAUCAAAUCGUGCUCUUAUUAAUGUUUGGAUUCCCUCAGUCUUCCUGCGUGGAAAAGCUGCCAAUGCAUUCCAUGUUUACCAGGUUUAUAUCAGGAUAAAGGAUGAUGAGUGGAAUGUCUAUCGAAGGUAUGCGGAGUUCAGAAGCUUGCAUCAGAAAUUACAGAAUAAGUACCAGCAAGUGAGGACUUUUAACUUCCCACCAAAAAAGGCCAUUGGAAACAAGGAUGCAAAGUUUGUGGAAGAGCGACGCAAGCAGCUACAAAAUUACCUAAGGAAUGUAAUGAACAAAAUUAUUCAAACUGUGCCAGAAUUCACAGCCAAUCCCAAAAAAGAGACACUUAUUCAGCUGAUGCCCUUUUUUCUGGAGAGGCACCGGCGCUGCCUGCGCGGGAGCCCCACGUGCUGCAUUCCCACCACUGGAACAUGGAACUUCCAGACUGCACUCAACAGCAAAAUGUGGCAGAGAGGAGUGGCAUUCACUCUCCAGGUCAGAAAUUUCCCUAGGUGAAAUAGCACUAAGUGAAAUCACAUCACAGAAAUGAAACAGUAUUUCCCAGUCAGUAAGAGGUGUCAGUUACCACACAAAGAGAAAAACCCGAAGGCCAGCCUGGGAGCUCACUGCUGUGUGCUCAUUAACAAAUUAAUUACUGUUGGUGUUUUGUGUUAGUUACAGUGGGACACUCACUUAAGAAGAAAGGAAAGUGAGUAGAUUGGCAGUUAAGUAGCUUCUCCAAACUCUUCAGCCUGAUGCAGUGCUGAUGAUUUAACUUGUCUUUCUUGGAAGAAGUAGCUGUAAUGAUGGUCCCACUUUGAAACAAUUUUAACUCAUUUUUCAGAAAGUGGAGACUUGGUUAGUAGAAAUAGAGCACAUAUACUAACACUGAAUUGCAAGUAAAUUUGAAAGAAAACACUGUGUGGAAACCUUUGUGAUGUAUCUGUUACAUGAAGCUGUAUUCAUUUUCAAGAAAUAAUUCACAGAUUCAAGUACUUAUUCAGCAAACUGCAAAUGGUAAGAAAUUUCAUUUACUGCAGACUGAAUUUCUUUUUAGUUGUUUAAAAGGACUUUUUUAUAUCUGCAUUUGGCUCUUAAAAUGAUUUCAUUCCUGAUUAUCUUGCUUCUUGUAAUUUUUAAAGUAUGUAUGUAGAUUACAUAAAGAUACUAAACUUGUUUACCAUGUACAAAUUGCUCUUUGUUAACUUUAGCUGAAUUGUGUACCAGCUGCUAAAAUGAUAGUCUGCAAACAAUGUUCACUUGGUGAUACAAGAUACCAUCAUGGGUGCAUUACUAAUCCUUUUAAAAGCUCCGCUGAAAUCCCAGGAAAUAAUCAAAGAAAGCCUUUCUUCACAAGGUGGCAUUCCCACUUUAUACCCCUGCUUAUGUUGAAGACUACGGAGGUACCUGCCUGAGUGCCUGUAGGUGCCUACUGACAGGACUGCCCAAAUUUUUACCACCUCUAGACAUUCUGAAAGGCCCUGUCUUAGAAUCCUGUGCAUCUGUUACAAAUCCCACUUCUGUUCAUUCACCAGAACCAGCAAAGCCUCUUGGAGAAAGUUGACCAGUUGGUAUUAAGAAUCCCAAGUAGGUGCAUUAUUAAUCUGAAAUACCUGUAGCAAUGAUUCUGCCAGUGGAAUGAUUUUAUCAGCUUAUCCUGUUCACCCAGUUCCAUGCAGUUACAAUUUUUGUACAGCUCUAAACUUCCUUUGGCUGACUCACAGCUCUUCAACCCCUGUCUGUGCUCAGUGGGUGGCUCACAAUGAGCUGCUGGGUUCAUUACUAAUGAAUUAUUAAUUAAUUCAUUACUGACCCUUCCUGCUGGCACCAGCGGCCAGUGCUGUAAUCCCAUGAUGAGGACUUGGGACAGGCCGGGCCCUGGAGCUGUUCCUGGCUGGUAGAGCCAGCCUAGAGCAAUUUGUGGUCUUGUUAGCAUUUCAUUCCUGCUUUGUCUUUAGAUCCAGGGCUUCUCCUCUGCAUCCUUUAGUGAGUGUUCAAAAUAAACUGUAAAAAAGUGGCACAACUUCUACUGCAGUGCUGCUGUCCAGUCACCUCCACCGUGAACCCUUCCCUGAGAAGCACAGAGCAGGCAGAGCUCUUCCAGCUUUUGCAGAUGUCUCCAUCAGUAUUCACAGACUGACUGUGGUUUUUCAGAAUCUCAUUUAUUUAGAGAUUCUCUCAUUCAUUAUAGAGAAUGCAAUGUGUCGACUUGGCUUUUGCAAAUUAAAUCAAAGUUCUCAAUAAUAAUAAUAGUAAUAAAUCUCCAAGGUUUAUAUGAGGCAGGAUAUUGACAUAGUUAUAAAGGCUUAAAUUGAUAUGUCCAUUAAGUCACAUAUUCUUAGGUAGAUAAUAAUUUCAAAGCCAGUCUUUUUAAUGGAAUAUAUUGUUGAUGUGAUAGUUGUAAUCAAAUUAUGUUACCUUACAGAAUCUACUGCAAGUCAUAAACCAUCGUGAUGGAAUUAAUACAAGCAUUUAGAGAAAGAACAGAAUGGUAUUAAAGAUUACUGGGUCAAAAUUGUGACCUAUUGCUAAGGUGGGGUGUUUCUUUGUAACAGUCAUGUUUUAUUGUACAGAAUAAUAUCUACAUGGUAGCUGUCAAAUUAAUUAAUACAAACCCACUAACAAUGGGGUUGACUGACUCAGAGCAGGAAGCUAAUAAUAAAUGAGACUUGGUGAAUCCCCAUGAACUAAUGAUGCUUCUGCCAGGACAUAUUAAUAAUUAAGAACCUGGUAUUUUGUUACCAGAAUCAGUAAUUGGUGCUUUCUGAUACCGAUGUCAUUAUUUUUCCUUCAAAGAAUGCAGGGAUCUCACUUCUGCAAGAAGUUUUGUGCCAUUUCAAAGGUUCAAACCCCCCCACCCCAAUACAUUUUCCAUCCAAUGUCUUGGAAUUCUGGGAACAGAUAAUAUAUACCUGUGGAUAGAAAUACAGUUACCUGCUUGAAAUGACAGUGAGAAACCUGUGCAACAGCUGUUUAAAA